CCCCAAGCCACAUCAACUCUUUACUUAUCUCUCACUCUCACCUUCCCCCCCCCCCUCACCACGUCGACAGUAACGCUGCAUCACUCACCUUUUUUUUCGAUUUGACCAUCGUCUCAUCUCUCUCUUCCAACGCAGCCCGCCCGUCGCCGACAACACCGCCCCUCACAACCGAGACCCAACCCGCCGGCGCCCGUAUCAUCGAUUAUUGUGGCUCCCCGGUUCCUCGUCGAAUCUUGGCGCAACCUUCCCCCCCCCGUCCGCUUGACAUUCCUUUUGCACAUCCAUUCCAACUCGGACAUCGACGCCAUCACCAUCACUCCAUCUCCGUCACCGACGCCACCGUCCCCUAGCCCAUCAUGGACGCCCUCCGACCGGGCCAUGCCCAUCGGAGUAGCAGCGACCGUCUGCUCAACAACUAUCUCGACUCGCAAAAGCAUUUGACGACGUCACUCCUCACUCUUCUAUCUCACUCCCAUUCUUCGACUUCCUCGUUGCUGGCGUACACGACGUCGUCGCCGGGCGUCCUGCUCUCUGUGCGACGCGCGGUACGCUACUCGGCAUUCGAGGGCCCCAUUUCUCCCUCGCUCCACGAGCCAGCUGCUGGCUCGACCCUCAGCUCGGUCGACACGGGCACGCCAGGAUGGGCAGCGUACAUCGCCAGUCUCGAGCAAUUCCGCAAGGACUUGAAACAGAUCCAUCUCCUCGAGGAGGAGAUGAGCCGUGUCAAGCGUGAUCGCGAGAUUCUCGUCACUCGUCUGAUCAAGACAACCAAAUCCCGACCUACAAAAUCAGACAUCAAGGAGAUUGCAAACUCGUACACACAGCAGUCCCAGGUCAUGUCGUCGGGCGGGUCGACCUACUCGGCAGAAUCCAACAUGUCCGCCGACCGCAAAGAGUCUAAGCGGGCCGGCAAGCUCGCCGAGGCCCAGGCAGAGUUGCUCGGCUGUGAAGAGCACCUCCGUGCUCUCGAAAUCCGCAUCGAAUCGGAGCGCAACAAGGUCAUGUACCGCGGCCUGGAGGAGCGAUUCCGCGCCAUGGAGGUCGUGGCUCAGAUGUGGCUUGCGCAGGCGCACCGUGGCCUCGAGGAUCUCGAAAAGCUUCCCAACCUCCCUGUCAACGCCUACGAGCUCGACUCCAACGGCUCGCUCGCCCCAUCACAGUCGGCGUCCCAGGUGGGAGGGUAUGACGACCACGGAAACUCGCCCAGGCGGCCGAUCCGGCUGCAUGACGCCAAUGGCCCAGGUUCGAUCACGGACAGCAUCCAGGAAGAAGAGGAGGGAGAGAGCUCUGGUGAGGAGCAGCAGGGAACCUUAGUCAUGCACGAGAACCGCCCGACGCAGAAAUCCGUCAACGGCAACCCCUCAGCCCCGGCCAAGUCGUCACCUCUCAGCCCUCAGCAUCCUCAGCAGCCCAACUAUGCCGCGCCGUCCGGCCCGCCGCCGGUCAGCUCGAACCAGCACAAUGUCGGUAGACGGGCAGUCAGUGAGGUCGGGCACGCCCCUCGCCCGUACAGCCCAGUCAACCACGCACCACUGAGAAGAGCGCUGUCCAACGGGCACCAGCCGAUCCAGCGCGUCACCUCGCCGGCUGGCUCCAGUGUCCGGAGCAGAGGGGGAAGUACGCGGAAGCGCGGAUUCUUUGCUGCAAUCGCCAGAUUCUUCAAGGGACCGAGCAAGGGCUCCUCUCACCACACCCAUGGCCGUGGUGGUGUUCUGAAUCGCCGUGAUGGUCGAGAGUCCCCUCCUUAUGGUGCCAGCCGCCCCUCCAGCAGCUGGCAAACAAGGACCAACGACAACCUCAACCGCUCGCGCAGUGUUGGUAGACGCACCCGCAGUGACUCGAGCUCUGACGAGGACGACAUGCGCAACCUCGUUCAAGUGUCCAACCAUGCCAACCGUGACAGCGGAUUCUCGGUGGCGGAUAUUGGGCGUGUGCCGUACAACCCCAACCCCAAGGCGAACCCCGUGGCCAUUACGCGGUCGGCGUCGACCAAGUCAAAGUCGACUGUCACGGCACGCAGCGUCGCAUCCGGGGCUGCGACACCCAAGGCUCGUCCCACGUCACAGGCAGGCACUGCGGUGUCGCGGUCCAACACGGUCAAGUCGACGGCGUCUACUGUCAAGACCACAGCCACUGCAAAGUCUUCGGGGACGAUCAAGUCGACGACCAAGGCGAAGCCCGCUGCAGCGAACGGCACGACGGAGCGGAACAGGAAGAAUGGAAGCAUCGCCCGGUCCGCCAGCACACGGUCGAACGGCCCGACGAUCAUGUCGAUCAUUGAAUCCGCACCGCCGCCAAUGCCCGACGUGCCCAAGGCGCCGAGGUCGCUGGUGAAUCCGCAGCUUGAGCUCGUUAAGGCGCCAGGUUCGUCGCUUACCGGCAGCGCGACAAUGCCUUCGAUGAUCCUACCAUCCCAGGUGAUGAACGGUUCGGUCCCCCGCACUAGAGACGCUCUGGGUGACGAGUUACGCCCCCAGGAUUCUAUUUCCAGGUCGAACAGCUACAGGCGGCCAAAGUCAACCGACGCUCCACGUGAGGAGCCUCGUCGCCCAGUGUCGCCCCUUCCUCCGUCCAAGAGCCGCCAGCCGCCGCUCAAGUCUGCUCUGCGGCCGUCCAGCCCUUCACCCCUGUCACCGUCCGAGCCACCUCCUGUGAUCACGACGCUAUACUCUAUCUCAGCGCCUGGCCCAGUCGAGCUUCCUCCCGAUGAGCCGCAGCCACGGCCGUCUAUCGGUAGCUCGCGCCCGUCAUACUCGUCCACCGCCGACCAGACCAGCAUUUACGAGUCUGCCGUCGAGGACGACUUCCACGACUUCCACGACCAGCCCGAAGAGUCGGAUGACGACGAGUCGACAGAGCUCGGUGAUGGCGGAUACCAGGUUGUGGAGAACGAUCGCUUGAGCAAGUCACCUGAGGAGGCGCCCGCGCCUAUUGCACAUGCCCAAGAGCCGCUUCCAGACCUCCCGCCCCACGAUGAGGGCUCUGGCGUCGUGCGCCGCAAGUCUGUGCGCAUGAACCUCCCCGCCUCGGCCAGCACCGAGCACCUGGACCACACCAAGGGUGUGUUCGUUGCGCCCGCCGAGGCCUUCGAGGACCGACCGUACGACCGCAGCUACACUGCGCCGGAGGAUGAGGACUCGCCGCCCGGUACCCCACGUGCCAGUGGGCAGUGGAGCACACGUAUCGGCCACCUACGCGACGACACGAGCGAGGAGGAAGAUAUCGACCCGGCGUACUCGAAGGCGCGUCGCGGCCUGAUCCGAAGCCACAGCAACAAGUAUGACGACAAGAAGGCCAAACGUUCAAGUAGCUCCAAAUCCAAGGGGAGUGUGCGUGGCAGCCUGUCGAAGAAGAAGUAGGAGAGGCGGUAGUAGCAGCAGCAGUAACAGUACCUACCAUUCACGAUCUUUAUAACACGCCAACAAUACGCAACUAUUGUCAUUGCCCGCUUUCAUCGCACACACAGGCACACCAUGCACUACCGUGUAGUUCUUGAUACAG